UAUGUACAACGUAGAUGUACCUAGGUAGGUUCUGUUUCGUCCGAUGUUACUGUCUCGGUUGAUAGAUGCUGUGUCUCAUCGUAUCCGGAGAUGCAACUCGAUCUUUACCUGUGUAAGUAGCGAAUGAACCAAUUAUACAAGCUGCAGCGCGGAUCUCGGCAUGUUCCAGUUAUCAAGCAACACUUAGGUACCUAGCUUUGAUUAGAUAGGGUAGAUAACAGCAACCCCUGCAGAAAAAAGUUGAGCUCGCUGGAGUUUGUUUCUACCUACCACCGACAUCGUCUCCCAUUCCAGAGCUCCGUUUAACCCGCAAGACUCACCGAGGACAGAGACCUACAUACUUGGCCGAUUCCUGAAAAACGGCAAGGCGUCCAAUGUUUAAUUUUACCGCUCAGCUGUAGACCUGUAUCGACGUUCGCUUUGCCCCUGAACCCCCUCGACGAACCCGCAAUUUCGAAAGUCGCAUCAUAACCCCUCCUCUUGUCGUCCCGCCAUCCCCUCGUCCCCUCACCUCAACGACUCAGCGCAUAGCCAAUCGCUGAGACUUCGGACGAGAAACUAUCUACUUACACACACACACACAUCUUUAUACAUAGGUACAUAUACAUACACAUACGCAAUGGCGUCCUCGCCAUCGCAACCGCAAUCCGCGGCACCGCCACAGCCCACGCCUACGCCCACCCCACAACCUCCCAUCAACCCCUUCGUCCACAACGUCGCGCUAGGCGUAACCCCCAUAGCGCUGUUCGCGCUAUUCCUGCCGCCGCGCCGCCUGGACCUGCGCGCCAUGAUCCUCGGCGGCGUCGCGCUGUGGGGCACGGACCGGCUCGUCGCCGACUACAGCGGCACCUCGUCCCUGCGGCGCAUGGCGCGGCGCCUGGAGCAGAUGUCCGGCGCCGAGCUGCCGGACAAGGCCAAAGAGACGCAGGCGCGGCUGCGGGCCGAGCGCGCGCGACGGGCGCAGGACGGCGUCGCCGAGGACCAGAGGAGGAGCAUGAUGCUGGAGGAGCAUCGGCGGGAGAAGGAGAAGGAGAAGGAGAAGGGGCUGCUGCAGAGGGUGUGGAUGGGGGAUAGCGGCGAGGACUGGAAGGCUAAGAGGGAUCAGAGGGAGAAGGAGGCGCUGAGCGAGGGCGGCGGCGGGUACUGGAGUCUUAUUGCGGAUCAGGUGUCUGAGGUGUGGAAUCAGGGGGGGAAGAAGAAGAAUGAUGGCGACGAGGAGAAGGAGGAAAAGGAGAGCGAGUCGAAGAAGCCUUGAUUGGAUUAU